CCAAGAGCAGCAUCAAGUUUAUACUUGGCACGUCUAGGAAGGAACAGGUCGGGUGUGGAGAUGGGUUUCCUGUAUUUCUCGAAAAUCUGUGCAAAGUUUAGGGAGUUUUUAGUCGUGUGGUUGAUGGUGAUGGCAUUGUCAAGUUGUUUAAGUAAUCCCAAGUGUGAAUUUGAAGCAAUCUUCAAUUUUGGGGAUUCAAAUUCCGACACCGGUGGGUUUUGGGCAGCAUUUCCGGCACAGUCAGGGCCCUAUGGCAUGACGUACUUCAACAGGCCGGUGGGUCGUGCAACUGACGGAAGACUCAUUAUUGAUUUUUUGGCACAAGGUCUAGGAUUGCCAUUUCUCAGCCCGUAUUUGCAAUCUAUUGGAUCUGACUUUAGGCACGGAGCAAACUAUGCAACACUGGCAUCUACUGUUCUAUUGCCAAACACUUCCUUGUUUGUCACCGGGAUCAGCCCUUUUUCUCUUGCAAUUCAGCUCAACCAGAUGAAGGAAUUCAAGGUCAGAGUUGACCAACAUCAUGCCGGAGAUGAGAAGCUCCCGUCGCCGGAUAUCUUUGGCAAAGCUCUAUACACAUUAUACAUUGGUCAGAACGAUUUUACUUCAAAUUUGAACGUCAUUGGAACAGAAGUAGGAAAGCAGUAUGUCCUUCAAGUCAUCUCCCAAAUUGCAAGUACCAUCAAGGAGCUAUAUGGGCUAGGGGGCCGUGCAUUUCUGGUUCUCAACCUUGCUCCGGUUGGCUGUUAUCCAUCCCUUUUGGCUGGGCAGUCUCGUAACAGCUCAGACCUGGACGGGUUCGGUUGCUUGGUUUUCUACAACAAGGCUGUAGUGGAUUACAAUGAAAUGUUGAAGGAAGCACUGACCCAAACGAGAGUAGCCCUUCCAAAUGCUUCCCUCAUUUACGUAGACACACAUGCUGUCCUGUUAGAUCUAUUCCAGCAUCCAAAAUCCCAUGGUCUCAAGUAUGGCACUAGAGCAUGUUGUGGGUACGGUGGUGGUGCCUAUAAUUUUGACCCAAAACUUUACUGUGGAAAUACCAAGCUGAUUGAUGGGAAGAAUGUGACAGCAUCAGCCUGUAACGAUCCAAACUACUAUGUAAGCUGGGAUGGUAUACAUACAACUGAAGCAGCAAAUAGGCUAAUUACACAGGCAAUACUUAAUGGUUCCUACUUUGAUCCUCCAUUUCCACUACACGAGCUAUGUGAUCUCAACCCUGUAGGAUGACCAACAAGGUACGGCAGAUUCGUACUUUAGAUCUUUUUAAUUAUGAAAAAAAGCAGAAAUAGAUACACCCGGUGAGUAGAAACAACCCAGUCAUGAUGAUUUGAAAUGUGUGGAUUGUAAUGCGCACGUACAAAACAAAAACAAUGUUGCAGUUGUUGCAGGUCAUUGUUUGAAUUCAUGGUACUAAAUUGAAAAUUGAUACGAUUCAGUAGAUGAUAAGGACUGGAUAGCGUAGAGGAAAAUAUUCAUUAACUCUGACGGGGAUACUGCUGGUUCUGCUCAAGGUUUGUUUGGGAUUUGGGAAUGCAUGUGUCGGUAGGCCUACAUAAGUCACUCUUGCAAAAUUAAUUCAUGAAUAUUUC